UAUCAAAUAAAUUGUGAAGAUUAUGAUGAAGAAAGUAAUGAUAAUACAAGCGCAUCAGUAGAUUCUGAAAGUAAUGAAGUUUACAAUAGUAGUGUUUGGGAAAAACCAAAGAGAGUUUUAACUAAGGAGAUAGUAACUAGCGAAAAGAGGAAUAGUGUUACAAAUCCACCAAAGGUCAUGAACAGCCAAAACAUAAGGAGCUCCAGUUAUCCAUUCUCCGUCUCAAUUCAGAAGAAACAGUCACACUACGCGUCUGGUGCUCUGAUUGACUCCAAGUGGAUACUCACAGCUGCUGGAGAUUUUUAUAACGUUCGUGAAUCCAUCAAACUAUUUCGAGCUCGUCUCGGCUCAGUGAAUUGCAAGAAAGGAGGCAUUCUAGUAGCCCUAAAAGGUGUCGAAGUUCAUCCUAUGUACACGUAUAAGGAACCACAAUAUGACAUCGCUUUAGUACGACUAGCACAGCCCGUGGCUUUCACUGAACACAUUAAACCUAUAGCUAUAUCAUCAGCGGUAGAAAUUGCUUCUGGAAAGUUCUACACGACGUAUUGGCCAAGGCUUAUUGUCAACAACCAAGUUCUGCCAGCAUCAGCGAAAGAAAGAUUAAAACACAACAGUAUGCGAGUGUCCACGCAAAAGUUGAUACCUUGGAAGAAAUGCCACAGAAUGCUCUCAAAUUCGAACAAGAGUCUCGAACAUUCGACGUCAUGUUUGGAACCCAUUGUGACACAUCACAGCCUAUGUAUUCCAGACGUCGGAGCUCCAAUAAUAGCAGAUGACUCUCUCUGGGGCAUCACUUCUGGGUGGAUAUCUGACACAUGCCUCAACCAUCCAGGUCCGACGUUAUUUACUAGAGUCUCACAGGAAAAUACGCGGUUCUGGCUUGAUUCCAUUACAUUGGAAACUUGAUUCUAUUGGUGUUUUAUACAUGGAGAAAUUUAUUAUAGUAGGCACUGUAUUAUCAAAUCUCUUUAUUUCAAAAACCCGGUUGCUUGCUCAAAACAGAAGGGAAAAAAA